AACGUUCACACGUGAUUGGCUACGUUCACAAGCGAAUACUAGAACAAUCGGCUCGCGUACGUACAAAACAAAAAAAUUUCAACAUUUUGCAAAGUAAAUAGUUGAAAUACGGUUUUUUGCCACGCAAUGAACAACGGACCAAACGAUGCUUCUUCCUCGCACCGUGGUCGCGGUGCUGGUCAUCUAGAAAGAGGCACAACUGGCGUGGCAAUAAACAUUGACAGCGACAACGACGACAAUGAGUCAACCACAGCUGAGCAUGAUUACCUGCUGCCGACGCCACCCUUGUCGCUGGUGACCUCGGCCCAGCCGUUGAUAGGUCCAAGUACAAAUACUACCAUUAAUUUGGAGCAAGCCAACCAGCAGCCGGCUCGUAGCAGUAGUCUCAGUGGUGGCCGUGCCAAUGGGAGCAAUAUACUGUCCACACUCCUGGCCAGGCAGCGCUCAUUUACACCCGUCAGCAGCACACCUAUGCGCGUGACAUCACAGAUGAACCGCCGUUUGCAGCAGUCACGCAGCGUGGGUGCCAAUAGCGGUAGCCUCGAGGAGCCACCAAUGCCUGCAGCUGGCGCUGCAUCGCCGCCGAAUGUGCGUCAGCUGGGCUUCUGGCGUGUCAAUUUCAACGAAAUGUUCUCACUGUCCACGGCACCCUCAACUGAAGCACUGCGUUCCUUCAUUGCACAUUCCAAUUUUCGCUAUCAGCAACCUACAACUGGCAAUGCUGUGCCACCAGCAAGUGCUCCUGUUCCCGGUGACAAUUCGCAUAUAUUGCUAAACCAGAAUCAACAACCAAACCAGAACGAGCCGGAGGCUAGCACUAGUGCGUCCAUACCCACUCGCAUAAGUGCCUACAACAGCGCUGGCAUGGGUAGAAGCAUUUCGCUGCGCGAGGGCGAAAUGCAACAGGCGCGUCAUAGCUUAACAGGUCGCCACAAUGCCAGUGUAAUUGGCUUGACAACGCCAGCAACGGCGAGCAUAAAUCCACCUCCCUAUGAUACCACACAUUCUGAUGCAGUCGCCACCACUGAUGCCGCCGCCUCCGCCGCCACAAAUGCUGCGACGUCGAGUGGAGCAGGCAGUCCCAAUGGCAAUGGCAAUGGUGAUGCGGCGAACGAGAACAAUGCAGACGAUGAUCACAUUAUAACAGACAUGGUAGUUCAGGUGCUGAGUCACUUUGUUCGCUAUUUGCCCAUAAUUUGCAUACUACUGAUCAAGUUCGUCCACGACCACCUGCUGGGCAUACUCGAUCUACUCCUGCUACAGACUAUCAUGUACAAUAUUAAUCGAUCGGUGCGCAAUCAAGUCGCACGACUGGCACAAAAGAACUAUGCUGUGUUGAUGCGAGAUGCAUCCAUGGUGAUCGUGGUGGUUGCACUACGUCUCUUCUUGGCCACGGCACCACCGGAUCCUUUGGGCUUAUUGGUACCGCCCCCCAAGAUCUAUCAAAACUUUGAUGUCUCCACUUCAAAUUACAAAAUUGAGAACAGCCACAACAAUGGACUAAAUGAAAGUCCAUCAACCACGUUCCAGUCAAGCGCCGAGACGCCCAAGAACAUACUCGACGAUACAACUGUAUCGAAAGUCAUUCCGCUGGGCAUGCUGCUCUACUAUGUCGCUGUCAGCGACUUGCUACUAAAGCUAAUCACAAUUCUCAUCAAGAUCCUCAUAACCAUGCUACCCAUGCAUAUAAUUCGACUGAAAGUGCGCGCACGUCUUUAUGUAUUGGUAGAAUACAUAUCGCAGUUCUAUCGCGCAUUGGCUCCUAUCACGCAGUGGUUCUUCUUUCUCUACGAGUCUUAUUCGGGCCUGGAAGUUAUUUCGGGCGGUCUCUUCUCAUCUUUGUAUAUUGGCGCUAAAAUCUUUGAGCUGCUGGAACGGGGCAAAGCUCUUAAGAAAUCCGUCUCAACAUUUAGGCGCAAUAUUGACUCGGAGCGGCCUCCUACAAAGGAUGAACUCGAUGCCGCUGGCUCCGUCUGUCCCAUUUGCCAUGACAUGUAUAACUCGCCAAUUAUACUUGAGUGCGGACAUAUAUUCUGUGAUGAGUGCGUCCAGACGUGGUUCAAGCGCGAGCAAACAUGUCCAAUGUGCCGCGCUAAGGUCAGUGAUGACCCUGCCUGGCAGGAUGGCACCACAACGUUUUUCCAUCAGCUUUACUAAGUGCAAAUCAAUUGAACU